GGCUUGGGUGAGCAAAUUAUGCGAUCGGUUUUAUCCUUUUUGAUCUUGUUAUUCUUUUUAUCCUUUUCCAUCCCUUCUCUUGCCUUUUUUCUUUUCUUGUCUUUAAUUUCGGCUUUUUAUUAUGCUUUCUUUUUCCUCCCAUGUAUUUAUCCCAGUAUCUUCACUUUCAGCCUUGGAAUCAAUGAGGAUAUCGAAAUGUAUGGGUGGAAGGGAGUGUUUAUUGAUCUAUAUCUUCCCGCCAAACCUUUCCCAGAGCAUUAUUAUUGAAUGUCAAUAGGCAGAAGGCGGGUAUGACGGAGCACUCCCAUCGAUAACACUUACCCUGCCAGAACGGCGCAUGCACAUGGAGAUCCAUUGGUUUUAGGGCCCGACCGUUGCGCGUAGUGCACAAUAGUAUCACUCCUGCGAGGAUAAUCAGCAUCACACCACUGCGCGG